CAAGCAAGAUGCCUGGUGUCACAGUGAAAGACGUCAACCAGCAGGAGUUUGUCCGUGCCCUAUCGGCUUUCCUGAAGAAGUCAGGAAAGCUGAAGGUCCCAGAUUGGGUGGACAUUGUCAAGCUGGCCAAACACAAGGAGCUGGCACCCAGCGAUGAGAACUGGUUCUACACCAGAGCUGCGUCCACAGUGCGCCACCUGUACCUGCGUGGGGGUGCCGGUGUGGGCUCCAUGACCAAGAUCUAUGGUGGUCGCCAGAGGAACGGUGUGUGUCCCGCCCACUUCAGUGUCGGCUCCAAAAACGUGGCCCGCAAGGUGCUGCAGGCCCUCGAGCUUCUCAAGAUGGUGGAGAAGAACCCCAACGGUGGUCGCAGACUAACCGCCCAGGGAACCAGAGAUCUGGACAGGAUUGCUGGCCAGGUUGCAGCUGCCAAGUUGCCCCCGAAGGCCGCCCCCGCAGUUUAAUAAAUAUUUUUUGGAGAAGGUGAAAUCUUGUCUGUGCUUCUUUCAAACCUGAGCAAGUUGGAUUUGACCAACAAUGGCUGGAACUCUUUGGUUUCUUCCAUGGGUUUAUGGUUUUGCAUACCAAUGUUGGAUAUAGAACCUCUUUGGUCUUGAUGUCAUUGGGGAACUGGCUUUAUGAAGUGUAGGAGUUUUUGGGAUGGCAGUCUUUAGUUUACACAAUGUGGUUUUUGUUGAAUUCCAAUAAACUUCCCAAAUAUUACUCACCUCAUGAGCUUAGUUCAAUUCUUACCCUGUCAUAAUGGUAACACAAACUAUUUGUCAUUUGAGUUUAACUAUGCAUAGCUUCAAAAUGUUAACUCAUGGUGAUCUAUGGGCUGCUAGUUGUCGUGACACUGGCCAUGGGAAGAUUCUUACCUGUAUGAGAAUAUGGCUUGAUGCGACAGUGCCAUCUAGAGGAGACUGAACUCGACUACAGCUCACCCAGCAGAAAUGUCUCAUGGAGGGGGGUUGAGUGCUGCACAAAGUCUUUGGUGUUACCUGUCAAAAUGUGAUUUGGACUUCCUGAAAUGCAUAGUGAUGUCCUCUCCAACUCUACCAGAGGAAGAGGUGAUGUGCACGGUUUUGAGCUCCCAAAUCUAUCAAAUAAGGCCAAUGUGUUCCUAUCGGUUUAUUUGGGACCUCUCUGGUCACGUAAAACAUUGUUAGAUGCCUUAAUACAAAAGUUUCUUAAAGUAUACUGAACAAAUGUAUAGUAUUGGUCCUAUGUUUCUUGACCUGAAAUAAUACCAUAAACUUUCUGUGCGUAUG